AUGGACACUCUAGAAUGUUUCUCCUUCUUCAAUCAUUUUGCGUUCAGUAAAUGGAAGAAUCUGAAGACAUUGAUUAUCGCUCAUGAUGACCCUCUCACAGAGACUUUUGAGUUUCAAGUAGUGGGAGAGAGCUGUAAUAACCUCACAAACUUAAAAUAUUUGGGUGGUUUAGGAAAAGAGACUGUUGUGGAAAUCGUGCGUUACCUCAAGAACAUCAAGAGGCUGAGUUUGCAAUGCGCUUAUGUCAGCAGACCAGGAGUUUUGUUGCUAAUUACAGGCCUCCAAAACCUUGCGAUCCUUAAUGUUUUACAUUGUAAAGAGUUUGAUGACCAGACGGUAACUAUGGACAAUAUUGUACAAGCCGCCACUCAGAAGCGUCGUGUCAAAUUUAUACUUUGUUCAAACAAUUGUACUUGCAGAAACAAGCGAUGGUUGGAAGGGCUCGGGUCGUAUGGUUCUGAGAGUUGGCGAAAUAAUGAGAUAAAAGAACUUGAGUUCUGA